CCUAACUUCUCUAAUUAGGUACUAACAUUUACUUUCAUCAUUUAUGUCUCUUAGAUUGAAUAACAAGAAGUCCUCGAUGAUCUAUUAUGUAGGUAAAAGUCCUAGAUCAACUCGCAAUUCAAUGCCUAAGGCAUUCAAAUAGGUAAGUUCCUAAGGACUCAACACGUUGGGGGCGACCUAUAAAACUCACACUCUCUACUCACCGUUUCCUCUUCUCUACUCACCACAGCUCAGCCAUCAUUAUGUUAAGACCGUGUAAUAUUUCCUAUAGGCCUAACCAAACAAACCCUCUAUCACUUAUCAUAUACUUCACAGUACCAACAAAUCGAAUAUAAACAGUCUCUCGACAACAUGCCUUCAUUUGCGGAACUUCCAGCAGAGGUACGUCUUAAGAUCUGGAACCACGCAUUGCGCCUGGAAGCGUGCGAGCGCUUCAUCAGGAUUUCGGAAGAUUGGGGUGCUACACUUCACUUAUGGCCUCUCAAACAAUACGUCAGCCCCUUACUUUCCACCAGCUACGAGAGUCGUCACGCAGCUAAGGCGUUCUACGACAUUCAGUUGGAACUUCGAGAACGUAUACAACUCCCGGAAAGAAUAGAAUCCCCUAUAACUGGCACGGUAUAUGCUAGUUCGCGAUGGGAUACCUUCCUAUUGCCUUGGGGUCUAGGUCGCGCGAGUCAAAUUGUAGACGAAACACCUCACUACAGGACAGAGGAUAUAAACCCUACAGUGGCCGCAAAGAUUCGGAAUAUCGCUAUCACCCCACCUAACCACAAUUAUGUCGGACCAGAUGAGCCUCAUUUAGAAGUCCCGAGAAAGUGUACCCCCUGUGUCAAGGCGCGUUUCUGGAAAGCAAAUAUUCUUCCGAAUAUAACUAAUUAUUUAAAUGUGCGAUUGACGGAUGAUGAAGCAAGGGAAUUUGCAUACGACUUAAUUACUACCGGUGGAAGAGGCUCCUACAAAUUUGAGCAAUGGGUCGUGUACCUUCCUUGGGAUUGUCAAGAUCACCCACCCUUGAACGCUCCACCGACCCAGCGAGACAAACAAACGAUAUCUACGAAGGUCGAGAUUUAAAUUGAGAACAUUUGAUGAAAAUUUCAAUAUACCAGAUUGCAUUUCCCCUCUUCUUAUAGUUAUCAUCGCACCGCUAAACUCGAUAUGAAGUAGAAUAUCGACUACGAUGCGAUGAACUCAUAACAGCCAGAUACCGCCGCCUAUCUCGUUCAUACAUCACAAAAACAAUAAAACCUACCUCAUGCUACCAUUCGAACCCGAAGUUAAGGAAUUGAUAGAUGAGACAGCGUACCUUUACUAGUAGUAGCUAAUACAUAUACCGAAGCACUUAGCGACUUUCGAUAUAUCUAUGCGUGAUAGCUACCAUUACGCGCACUUGAUGUACUUGUUGUUACACGCAACAGCGAGUCAAGAUCAAUUAUAAUGAAAGAAAUAUUUGGGAAUUUGUAAUCGUAUCAUGUGCCAUAC